UCCACGUCGUCUGCCCUUGCUCUCGAUCUGCUGCUGCCGCUUCUAUUGUCUCUGUCUUGUGCAGGUGCAGCAGCCAAGACGGAGAGAGGGAGGCGAUUAGGCAGAGAAAGGGGGAAGCGAAGCUUUGACCCCCAACAACUCUCCUCUUCUCCCGUUGGUUGCUACUUGUACUAAAGGAGGAGCAGCAGCAGCAGCGGUAAGUAGUACGCGCGGGUUGUGGCAGGCAGCAAGCAAAGGGUGAGAUCUGAAGAGAGGUAGCUAGCUAGUGAGUGAUGAUGGAGAGCCAGCCGUUGCAGCUGCAGGACCCCGUCGCGGAGCCCCAUGGAGCUGAGCCUGCCGCCGCCGGUGCUCCUCCCGCCGUGGUUCCCGGCAAGGAGUUCACCCGCACCUGCAAGGGCCUCGUCGUCCUGCUCAUCGGCGGAUACGUCCUGCUCCAGCUCCUCCCCUCCUCCCUCGACUACCUCGCCAUCAUCCCCGCCAAGACAAUUCCCUUUGUAUGGACUGUCUUCACAGCUGGCUAUAUUGAGCAAGUUCUUCCAGGGGCUAUUGGCAGCUCUCUUGGUCUUCUCUUCUGUGGGAAGGAUAUCGAACCAGUGUGGGGCCGCAAAGAGUUCUUGAAGUUUAUCAUCUUGGUCAACUCCAUUUGCGGCGUCCUUGCAUUCUGCUUUGCUGUUGCGCUCUAUUACGUCACUGGAAAGGAAAGCUUCCUUGUAACACCACUUUCUGGUUUCCAUGGCUGUCUUGCUGGCUUUCUCGUUGGCCUAAAGCAGCUUUUACCACACCUUGAGCUCCCCAUGUGCUUUUUCUGGAAAAUAAAGGCUAAGUGGAUGCCAUUCUUCGUGCUAUGUUUCUCAACUAUCAUGGCCUUCAUUGUGCCUGAUUCCAUUAACUUCCUGCCAACUCUGGUGUCGGGGAUGUAUGUCAGCUGGAUUUACCUGCGAUAUUUCCAGAGGAACCCACUGACAGGGCUUAAGGGUGAUCCAAGCGAUGACUUCUCCUUCCCCAGCUUGUUCCCUGAUGCCAUGAGGCCAGUCACUGACCCUGUAGCCAACUUCUUUGAUCGGAUGCUGUGUGCAAGGUCUAGACCUUCUGAGCUGGCCCUCCCAGUUUCAGAUCCUACAAAGGCAUCAAGAAGAAGGGAGCGUGGCGAAAGGGUUCUCGAGGAAAGGUUGGCUGCAGACCAUGCAGCUGACACAGAAGCCCCAGCCCAUGGCCAUUCCACAGCUGAAGAUUAAUAUAGCUCUUCCCUUGUCAAACACUCGAUACUGCGAUAGGAGCGCCAGCCUCUGUGCUUUGUAACACCGAAAAUUUGUGUUGUGGAGAAUGCAUUCAGUUUACGAUGGAUCAAUGAUAUGAUAUUUUACUCUCUUUUCUUAUUAUUUAUUGGUUAAAUUCUGUUGUAGUUCAUUACAGUAAAAGAAGAAAAGGAUGACAUCCCCAUCCAGAUGUAAUGUAGAAAAAAAAAUGACUUGUGAGGAUUGUUGUUGAGAAUACUUUCCAAGUAAACUGUGUUUUUGAGUCAAUAAUAGGGUUCAUGUCAGCAAAGGAUGCC